UUUCUUAAAAUGGCGGCCGCCAGAGUGGAGCGGUGUAUGUUUUAGUGUUAAAUCUGGUGAAAGCUGCACCGUCUGGACCAGAACACCUCCUGUUUGAAGGUUAAAGGACAAAGAGGACGGAUACCAUGGCUCACAUCACCAUCAACCAGUACCUGCAGCAGGUUUACGAGGCCAUCGAUAACCGUGACGGUGCGUUCUGUGCUGAGCUGCUGUCAUUCAAACACCCUCAUGUGGCCAACCCUCGACUCCAGUUGUCCAGUCCAGAGGAGAAGUGUCAGCAGGUCCUGGAGCCGCCCUAUGACGAGAUGGUCGCCGCCCACCUCAGGUGCACCUACGCCGUGGCCAACCAUGACUUUGUGGAGGCGUACAAGUUCCAGACUCUGGUGGUUCAGUCCUUCCUGAGGGCCUUCCAGUCGCAUAAGGAGGAGAACUGGGCUCUGCCGCUGAUGUUCGCCGUCACACUGGACCUGAGGAUCUUCGCCAACAACGCAGAGCAGCAGCUGCAGAAGAAGGGCAAAGGUCAACCAGGAGAGAUGAUGGAGAAGGCAGCAGAGCAACUGAUGAGCUGUUUUAGAGUCUGCGCCAGCGACAAUCGCGCAGGGAUCGAGGACUCAAAAAAAUGGGGGAUGAUGUUUCUGAGUAACCAGCUCUUCAAGAUCUACUUCAAGAUCAAUAAGCUGCACCUGUGUAAACCUCUGAUCAGAGCCAUCGACAGCUCCAACCUGAAGAACGACUACAGCCCCGCCCAGAAGGUCACCUACAGGUACUACGUAGGCCGCAAGGCCAUGUUCGACAGCGACUUCAAACCAGCUGAGGAGUGUCUGUCCUACUCCUUCCACCACUGCCACCGCUCCAGCCAGAAGAACAAGAGAAUGAUCCUCAUCUACCUGCUGCCCGUCAAGAUGCUGCUGGGUCACAUGCCGACUCCUCAGCUCCUGAAAAAAUAUGACCUCAUGCAGUUCUCCGACGUUACCAAAGCUGUGAGCGAGGGGAACCUGCUGCUGCUGCACAACGCUCUGACCAAACAUGAGACCUUCUUCAUCCGCUGUGGGAUCUUCCUGAUCCUGGAGAAGCUGAAGAUCAUCACCUACAGGAACCUGUUCAAGAAAGUGUACCUGCUGCUGAAGACCCACCAGCUGCCUCUGGAUGCCUUCCUGGUGGCUCUGAACAUGAUGCAGGUGGAGGACGUGGAUGUGGACGAGGUGCAGUGUAUCCUGGCAAACCUCAUCUACAUGGGCCAUAUUAAAGGCUACAUUUCCCAUCAGCACCAGAAACUUGUGGUCAGUAAACAGAACCCUUUCCCUCCUCUGUCCUCUGUGUCUUAGACUACGUUACCCA